UCAAUUAGCGACGGGCACACGCGCACUCGCGGUUGUCCCGGCAGGGUUGGAAGGAAAGACGAGCCUCGCCGGGGCUGACGAGCUUGUUCGUUUCCCGGACGAGACGCUGCUGCGGAUGAUGACGGUCGAGGCCUUGGGGGACUCGAGGAGGAGGAGGAGGAGGAGGCGGCAGCAGCAGCAGCGGCCCCCCAGUUCGGCAUGACGCAGGUGGCAAAGGUUACACAGUUGACGAAGUGUCUACGAUGGAUGAUAAGGAAGAGCGCACCAACAACUAGAUGUGGACAAUAUCAACAAACACGAGGCUGUAUGUUCGAAGAUGGCGGAUUGCGCGCACCCUCCCGAUGGGAUGCGAACAUGUGGCUCGGUUUAAGGGGGCGACCGCCGUUCUGCCCGAGGAGGAAACCAAAAAGAAUGCUCUAUAGAAAAUGGAAGGGUACUACAAGUACAUUUUUGGCGAGGUUCGAACAAAAUGGCCGGGCCAAGACGAGCGGGCCGACUCUCCAGAACUGUUGGGGCUGGUGGUUUUGAUCACGGACCCGGACUCGGAAUGUGACCGAUAUCCCGGCGUGACGUCCGACGAGUCAUACGAGCUCUUGGUGGUUCAGCCGUAUGCAAUCCUGAAGGCACCAAAAGUCUGGGGGGCCUUGCAUGGACUGGAAACAUUUAGUCAGUUGGUGUACGAGGAUGACUUUGGGGCCAAAACCGUCAACUUGACCGAGAUCAGCGACUUCCCCCGGUUUGCGCACCGAGGCGUCUUGCUGGACACCUCGCGGCACUUCCUACCCGUGAAAGUCAUUCUGGAAAAUCUGGAAACCAUGGCAAUGAACAAGUUUAACGUCUUCCAUUGGCACAUCGUGGACGAUCCGUCCUUCCCGUACCUGAGCCGAACGUUCCCGGACCUCAGCCAGAAGGGGGCGUACCACCCGUACACUCACGUGUACACGCCGUCCGACGUAAAGAUGAUCAUCGAGUUUGCCCGACUGCGCGGCAUCCGCGUCGUCCCCGAGUUUGACACCCCGGGCCACACGAUGUCCUGGGGCAAAGGACAGGCCAAUCUUCUAACGCCGUGCUUCGCCGGCUCCGAACCGUCGGGCAGCUUCGGGCCGGUCAACCCGAUCGUCAACACCACGUACGACUUCAUGAGCCGUCUCUUCCGGGAGAUCGCCGCCGUCUUCCCCGACGACUACGUCCACCUCGGGGGCGACGAGGUGGACUUCACCUGCUGGAAGUCCAACCCCGACAUCCAGAAGUUCAUGGAGGAGCAGGGCUUCGGAAAGAACUACAGCAACCUGGAGUCCUUCUACAUCCAAAGACUUUUGGAUAUCGUGGCGUCCACCAAGAAGGGCUACAUCAUCUGGCAGGAGGUCUUCGACAACGGCGUGAAGCUGAAGGCAGACACACUCAUCCACGUGUGGAAAGGCACCCAGCAGCAAUACCGGAAUGAGAUGGCCAACGUCACGGCGGCGGGUUACCGGGCCCUGCUCUCCACCCCCUGGUACCUGAACCGUAUCGCCUACGGCCAGGACUGGCGGGACCAUUACGUGGCCGACCCGCAGGACUUCCAGGGAACCGAGGAGCAGAAGAAGCUGGUGAUCGGCGGAGAGGCCUGCCUGUGGGGGGAGUACGUGGACGCCACCAACCUCGCGCCGCGACUCUGGCCCCGCGCCAGCGCCGUGGCCGAGCGGCUGUGGAGCGCCAAGAACGUGACGGACGUCAACGACGCCUACAACAGGCUGUCCUCGCACCGCUGCCGCAUGGUCGAGCGCGGGAUCCCCGCCGAGCCGUUGUUCUCCAGCUACUGUCCCCACGAGUACAAGGGAAAGUGAAGAGGAAGACGGGGGGGGGGGGGGUGAAGAAUCAAAGAGCGGCGUUGCAAAAUGAAGGCAACUUUUGAUUUUUGAAUACGCCCACACGCGCUCUGAUCAAUGCACUCUUUUGUAAUGUUUGUACGACUAUAAAUACAAAUCGACAUGAUA